UGUAUAAAAUGUCUUGUACUGUAUUCCAUUCUUGGCAUUUCCAGGUAUGGCGGGGACUCUUCUGUAACUCAGUCUAUGGACAGCAUAGAGGGACCAGUGGUCUGACUAAUUAUAAAAGGGAUUAUUUAUUCCAAAAUAACGUCCAUAUUAUAGUUUAGUGAGUUGAACUUAGCUAGUGACCGGCAUAGAGACAUCCAUGCAGUUUCCUUGCUAUGGCAUGCAAGAGAUUUGCCGCUAUCUCUUUGAGAAUAUUGUUUUGAUUUUUCACUCUAGCCUGCAAUCCUGGGAUUUUCUGGUGGUCUCCCCUCCAGGUAUUAAUCAGGUGUGAGCAUGCUUAGCUUCUGAGCCCAGAUAGUCUGCCACCUGCUGGGCCUUUCUGGGAAGUACGGGACUGUUGUAGAAAAGGAGAAGACACAACUUAGCUGCUGGAUAAAGAGCCUCAUUGACUUCACAGAAGACUGCUGGCUUUGCUACUCUUUCUGUUCCAUAUUAAACCGUCUUUGCUGGAAGGCCACUAAUUAAACUCACCAGCUGCUUUUGGAGACAGUCUGGUUGUUGGAGGGGGCGGGAGGAGUCCAGGGCUGUAGUUUGCAUUUUGCCUUGAGCUCAUCUUCUAGCCUAGCUGUGGCUGGGGAAGGGCCCAGGGCUCCUUUUCCCAGCGUUUCCUUUCCUGCACUAAGCACACUCUGCUUUGAUGGAUGCCUGCAUUAGUUGGCUGCCUGCAGAGUCCGGCUGGUCAUGUGAGACUGAUACGCCCGUUGGCUGGCCAGCCAGCCUCUUCCUUUCCUAGGCCGAGGUGAGGCACCGCCUCCGUUCCGUGGCUCCCUCCCUGAUGUGUACUAGGAGCCGAAGAAUAGCAAACUCAGGGUUCCUUCAGCAGCCAAUGGCUUUGCUGCACAAGGCACUGGACUGAAUUCUGGAGGAGCUGCUGCUGCUGCUGCUGCUGCUUUUGGAUUUGUGCUGUCGCUAGAUCAGACUCUGGAGAUCACACAAGAUAACAAAUAGGCUGGGUGGUGGAAGUGGAAAUGCAGGAACCAUUAUAAGAAGCGUUUCUGAUCAGAGUGGAUCUAACUGGAGACUGGCCGGAUUUGCAACUUCGUGGCUCGCCUUUCCCCCCUUCCUUUUCCCAGUUGGCUUGCACUCAGGAUUACUUCGGAAACUUCACUGAAAAGAAGUGUUGGGUUUCCACGCCCUGGCCAUGUUCGGGAAACUGCCUGCCUUUCAUGGAUUUGUGCCCCCUUCUGGGUAUUGUGUUUGCGCCGGCUGUCUGCAGGCCUAGGAAUUUCCAGGAGGGGCCUCUGUUGUGGAUUGUUUUUGUUUCUAUGGAGAAACGCAAUGAGCUGUUUUACUCCUGAUGACGGGGAAAUCCGCCUUCAGUUUUUUGUAUGCGUGGAAAGGAGUCCUCGAUACAUGCCUGCCAGGAAGUAAAAGCAGCAAAAGAAAAGAAAUGAGUCGUCAGACUGCCACAGCACUUCCUACGGGUACCUCCAAGUGUACACCGUCCCAGAGGGUACCUGCCUUGACGGGCACCACUGCUUCCAACAAUGACUUGGCCAGCCUCUUUGAGUGUCCUGUCUGUUUUGACUAUGUACUGCCACCUAUCCUCCAGUGCCAAAGUGGCCACCUUGUUUGUAGCAAUUGUCGCCCCAAGCUCACGUGUUGUCCGACCUGCCGAGGGCCAUUGGGUUCUAUUCGUAAUUUGGCUAUGGAAAAAGUUGCCAACUCCGUACUGUUUCCUUGUAAAUAUGCUUCCUCUGGCUGUGAGAUAACUUUGCCGCAUACCGAGAAAGCUGACCACGAAGAGCUUUGUGAAUUUAGGCCUUAUUCUUGUCCAUGCCCUGGUGCUUCUUGUAAGUGGCAAGGCUCUCUGGAUGCUGUCAUGCCACACCUCAUGCACCAACAUAAAUCAAUAACAACACUACAGGGAGAAGAUAUUGUUUUCCUUGCAACAGACAUUAAUCUUCCGGGAGCUGUUGACUGGGUUAUGAUGCAGUCUUGCUUUGGCUUUCACUUCAUGUUAGUACUGGAGAAACAGGAAAAAUACGAUGGUCACCAGCAGUUCUUUGCAAUUGUACAGUUGAUAGGAACGCGGAAACAAGCUGAAAAUUUUGCUUACCGCCUUGAGCUAAACGGUCAUAGGCGGCGAUUGACUUGGGAAGCAACUCCACGAUCAAUUCAUGAGGGGAUAGCAACUGCCAUUAUGAAUAGUGACUGUUUAGUCUUUGACACCAGCAUUGCACAGCUUUUUGCAGAGAAUGGCAAUUUAGGUAUUAAUGUGACAAUUUCAAUGUGCUGAAACCCCAGUCUGACAUUUUCAGGGCCAGUGUCUGGAAAAAAAGAAAAAAAAAACCUCAACCUGCAUUCAGUUUCACAGAAACCGUGGUAAACAUCUGACUGCUAGAUGUGAACAAUUGGGAGGGAGAGGCUAGCAUAAAUGAAGGUAAAUUAAUGGGAAGACUGUUCAAGUGCAGAUAACAGUUGCAUGUAAUAACACUAAUAUAUUUAAAGUGAGUCAGCAGUAAACCACU